CAAUUCGCAUCCCCUAACAAUUGUUUUUCGUUGUUCCUAUUAACUUUUAAAAAUUAUAAAAUCUUAAAUCUAUCUUCCCAGUUCACAAUGAAAUUUUCUGAUUAGUUUUGCUCUCAUUUGAGUUUCAAGGAAGAUUGUGAUUUUGCCGUUCGGCAACUAAAUUCGAACAGAUCCUUGUUCGAUUUUCAUGUGCCUGUGUGAACGGCUUGUGUGUGUGUGUGAACGGCUUGUGUGUAGUCCUGAAUCGGCGAUCUCUGAUCUGUGAUCUGCUGUCGAAAGUUGUCAGGGGAAUUCGAGAACAGGAAAUUUCUUAAGUUUGGAGUCUCCUAUCCAGUAUACAGCUAAUCUUCGGCCAACCACUCCAUCCACAAAGUGGCCAACCAUUCCAAAGUGGCAAACGAAUCGCCGUUACACUGCAGAGUUUUUCGCUUAGAUCACUGCGAAGGAGUUUCUGUGCAAUCGUUGGUGGUCCUGUUCAAGUUAGGUACUUGGUAUUUGUGCAUUUUGUAAUUAUUUGUUUCUCGAAGACCCAGUCCGCGCAAUGGCAUCUCGCAACGGUCCCUCCAAGAAGCCAAGCGAUCAGACGCAGUACCAGAUAAUCCUGGACCAGAUGUUGCAGGAUGAGAACAACAAGAAGUGCGCCGAUUGUUGGGCCAGAAAUCCGCGUUGGGCUUCGUGGAACUUGGGGGUUUUUCUUUGUAUUCGCUGUGCGGGCAUUCAUAGAAAUCUGGGCGUGCAUAUCUCUAAAGUGAAAUCUGUGGGAUUGGAUUCCUGGACGGAGGAGCAGAUUAAUUCCAUGCAGAGCAUGGGGAAUGCAGCUGCCGCUGCAAAAUACGAAGCCAGUCUGCCGGAGAAUUUGCGUUUUUCCCGUCCUGAGACUGACAAUGUUUUGGAAAAAUUCAUUCGGGAUAAAUAUGAGCGGAAAUUGUAUUUGGAUAAAAAUUAUCAGCCGACUAAAAAAGACACCGGAACAACCAAUUUCAAUCAAGAAGCCAGUGCGGUGCAGAAAAGCGCUCCUCGACCGGCUGAUGUCCCGCCACCUUCUGUCGAUGUUAAACCGCUGAUAGAGUUUUAGUUCCUUGGAGGGUAGUCAUUGGGUACUACUCUACUAUGGAAUUUAUUGGGUGUCGUUGGCGUAGUGAAAAAGUGGCGAUAACUUAUGCGGUUUCCUGCUUGGAAGUGGAAAUUAUGUCUGGAUUUUUUUAUGUGAAAUAACUUACAAGACUUCGUCACCAUUUGACAUGACUUCUCUGACUGGGCGAUCAGUUUAGAAAAUCCCUGUUGAAUUGUCCGAUGGACGUUCCUACCUAGUAUGAUUUUCUAUGUUAUUUUUCAGAUUCUUCGGUUAGUUACCGUAAGUCAAAGAACAGCGCUGUUUUUCUUUUUUGAUUCAACCUAAUUUAAAUGUCGAAACCGGAAUGAAAUUUGUUUGAUUUGCAGA